AUGGAAAACGGUCUCUGGAACCGCAGUCUCUCUUCCUCCUCUCGAACAGACAAACAAGAAGGCGGGCUUUUGUGCUGCGAGGCUCCCGACGCGCGCCCCGCUGCGGCCACCAAAGACAGAGGGACUCCGGAGCAGAGCCCCGCUGUCACAGGCCUGGACCGUGGUCGGCCGAAUUCUUCAGACGCGUGCCGGGAUCCACGCGUUCGAGAAAACGCUUGCGCCUCAGAGGGCCACAGGGGGGUAGAGCGGGAGGAUGGAAGCAGAGAGAAGAAAGGCACGUCUCAAGGGGAGUCCGCCCCUUCCGCAGGAACGCCCGACUGGUCAACGACCGGGCAUGCGGCUGCGGAGCACAGAUCGCACCUCGGAAACGGAAGCAUCUUUUCGCCUCGCGAUGGCGACUUCGCGGUGCCCGCCUCGAAUCCCCUCUUUCCCGUCCCGGUUUCGCCUUCUCCCGGCGCAGCUGGCUCCCUUCUUCUGUUCAUGCGAGCAGGCUUCUUGCACCGGAAGACUCGCCACACUCGCCGGUUCGCAAGGCGCUUCCUCAUCCUCGACCGCCACAUCCUCUUUUCCUUCAAAUCGAUCCCUCUCAAAUGCAGGAACGUCUGCAGAUACACCUCCCACCUCCUCUUUGCUUCCUACGCCCUGCCAUCUUCUCUCCCGCAAGCCGGACCGAAAAGCGAGGCGACUUCGCACGCCAGCACUCUGGCCUCCCGGGCAAUCGCCGACUGUGAGACACGCGAAAGUCAUCCGUCUCCUCAGACAGAGCCUGUAAGGGACUGUGAUGCGGCGGGAUCAAUCUCCGGUGUUCCGCAUGCGCCUGAAGCGCCUGAACGCUCUUCAGCGCUCGCCGCCCCGCCUGAUCCCGCGAGCAUUUACGGUGAAGCUCGGCAAGACCACCUUGCUUCAGAGAGGCCCCGCCGGCGUCUUCCUUCCCUCUCAUCUCUCCGCCCCAGAAGGUCGCCGCCUCGAAAGCAGGUUCUUUGCGCGGAUCUGUCUCGGGCGUGUGCGCACUCGCCACCCUGCUGUCUGUCAACGGAGCGUCGGCCAGACGCGGGAGACGAAGGAAGCUCUCGCGCUGCCGAAACGAAGACUCCCGGGCAUGGACAAAAGUACCUCCACGGCCUGGGAGGAGGAGAGGAGACACGCGAGCGACCCGGCGCCGGAGAGCCGCGAGAGCCGCCGGCAGGGGACUGGGGGAGUUCUGGAAACGUGGCAGCGGAAAAGGGAGGAGCCGAUAAACUUUUGUCCAAUUUGUUGUCUUCAACCACGUCAGCGUCUACAGCCUGGUCAGCCUGCUCGUCGUCGCCUCUCGCAAUCGUGACCGACUCAGCUCUCGCCGACUUGUUCGAUUUCUCUCAGGCGACGUGUGCGUGGGACAUGCGGACGGCUCGUCUGUCGAACUUCUCGUACGACAAGCAACAGAAAGGCUUCACGUGGACCUUGCAUGCACAGAAUAUAUUGCAGCUUGCUCUCGAGACGCAGCACGCCAACAGGAAGAGGGAAGACGAGGAGAAGAAAAGCCGCAGGAAUCGCACAGGGGCAUCGGCGAGUCUCGCGCUUCUGCAUUCCUCCUCUUCGCUUUUUUACGGGGAUGGACGGAUCGAGAGAGAGAGCGUCUCAGAGAACAGGCGUCCAGGUGCGCGGGGGAGAGACCACGGAACGGCGCUUCCCAGCGAGGGUCAAAGCACCUUGCGGGGUUCCGGGGGCCUUCAUGAUGAGCACUUCGUUCAAGUGCACCAGGAUGGACGAGAGGAAAGUUUUUCUCAACUCAGUGGCGAAGACAAUGAAGUUUCGCCUUCCAACAAGGGAGGGCUGGGGAGCGCUGUGGAUCGCGAGAGGCGCCGUCAUCUUCUGGGCAGGUAUGCGCAGCAGGCGGUGAGUCAAGAUGCCGGGGAGGAGGAACCUCAGGAAGAGAGAGAGCGGGAUGAAGCCGGUGACCCAGGAGACAUAUCGGCGCUGCACGUCCGCGCGCGGCCUCUGUCCGCGUCCCUCGUCGAAGGGUGUCCGGAGGGAGAAGACCAGAAAUCGAGACACGAACGGAUUCAACUUCACAGACGGGGCGAGAAAGCUCGCUUUCCGUUUCCGCUCCUCGAGUUCACGGGGGAGCAGGCGAAACAGGCGACAGAAACGGGGCUGCUGGACGGCACUGAGGAACAGGACGGCCACCUUUCUUCUUCGGCGUCCCGGUCUUCCUCCUCGUCGGCCACCAGAGGCACGGGCGGAGAAGCGGUGGACGAUGACGCGUUCAGGCACUUCGACGAGCAAUUCCUGAUGGAAGCUGCAGACGGAGGCGAGGAUUUGUACUUCUCCGGCCGCAGCGACCUAUCUGGGCGUUCACUCGCGGAGCGCGCUGACAGCCUGCGGCGACACGCCGAGAGCGGCGAUUCAGAGCGAGAAGACGAAGAGGGAAUGGCUGCUGCCAGAGACGAAAGAGAAGAGGCAUUUCAGCCAGCUUGCGCCCCUUCUCUUCGAUAUGUUUCUCCCAAUUCGGGGCUCCCUUCGGACUCUGAAAGCGCCGCUGGUGUCGCGCCGGCCCCGGCUGUACAUACACCCGAGAACGCGACCUCGGCGGGUGAGGCUAGGGCCUCAGGACACGUGGCGGGUGAAACGCGGGAUGAUGGUUCAGGGAGGGAAUCGGCAAUAGCUUCUUGUCCGGCCUCUCAAGUGGCUGCGCCUGGCAAGCGGAAACAGGCCUCCGUUUCGGCGGCUCCCGCGCCUCCGCCUGCCGUUAAAAGCGUGUUACCGGACACCGGCUACUUCGAUGACCUCGACGCGUUUCCGCCUCUUCCGCCUCCCGCGGCUUGCGUGGAGACUUUGACCUUCUACACCCAAGACGCUGUGACUGCCCACGACUGGGUAGCCGCUCUCCUCCGAUGCAGAGAGUUCGGCUCCGCCGCUGCGGUGUAUGUACACUGGCGCGACUUGCAACUCUACAACAACGCCUGCGCCGAAGGCCUCCCUCACUGGCUCUGGCCCUUCGUCGGCUGGGUCGAGAAACGCGAGUGCGACCGACGGCGUGCUGCGGCGCUCCAAGCUGGACUCUCUGACAUCCCGCGUUCGCCUCCGCGUUCCGCAGGUUCCUCGUUCGCCGCCACAGACGCAGGCGCGCAUACCGAGAGAAGGGUGCGAGCGAACGAGGCGCCGGACGCGGCGUCCUCAGCGCCUCUCGCACGCCCUGAGCGCUGCGCAGCCUUCGAGGCUGCUUCGUCGGCGCCCUCGCCCUACCCUCCCCCACAGUUGCAGCCGGCGCCAGCAUUGUCGCCCGAGGAAGGGAACGGGCAUGAGGACGCCGGGGUGUCUGGGUUUCUGUCUUCGCUUCGCAACAGUAUCGCGAGCGCAGUGGCUCCAGAGACAGUUCCCAGCCCGGCCGGUCUAGAUGCCAACAGACCGAAAGGUCUGCCGAGCGGGCAGCGCGCGGCUUCUUGGUGUCCCUCAGGCCCCCUCCAGGAAGCCUCGAUGGAGUCUCGGCCUCGCCGCGGGAGACACGAAGAGGACAGGCUGAACGUCGCAGGGACAGGGCCCAGCCGAGCGUCAGCGCGAGCGCGAACACUCGAGGGUGGCGACGAAAGGAGAGAAGGAGGAGACAAGAGGAACGCGUCGUCUUCGCAUGUGAAACCCUACGCGUUUGAUCCCUUUUCGCUCUUGCCUCCUCUUUCGUCGACCUCAUGUUCGCUCCUCUCUCUCGUUUUGCAUUCCCUCGACGUCCACCUCUUUCCGGUCGGCUACACGCCGUACAUUCUCGUCAGCUUCCAGUCUUCUCUGUACCCCUGCGUCCUGAUUCCGGGGUCACCAGACACUUCGGUGUGUUCCCCGUUUCUCCCGCUCCCUGCGGCGGCUGUGGCGACUCCCGCGGCUUCCGCGUCUCUAUUUCAAAAGCUCUUCUCGCGUGCAGCGCCCCACCCAGUCCCGGCCUUCGGGCCGUCGAGCUUUGUGUUUCGGCCGUCUCCCUGCCUGAACCUUCCGCUCUUCGCCUCGCGCAACCAACAAGAUCUGGUGAUUCAUGUCUACGCAGCACCGCCGCCGAGCUACUCGGCGGCUUCGCUCUCGGCCGAGCGGGCUCGGCAGUCUCCGGAGACAUUCGGGAAAAAGCGACAGGGCGCCCCCGAGAAGCAGCGACGCCCUCGAGACGGCGGGACCGACCCGAGACAAAGCGAGGAUAGUGCCACGAGACGAAGCGCAGGACACGAUCCGUCCCCUUCCCUGCCUUGUCCCCCGCCGUCCGGGCAAGGCCCCGCCGCUACUCUAGGUCCGUUCCUCUGCGCCUCUCAGCCGUCGACCGCGUCCCCCCUCGCUCUGUCCCUUUCUCUGGCCUGUCCCCUCGCGUACUACGUCGGGUCCGUCGCCGUGCCCAGUCACCUCUUUGGCACUGCGACGCCUCAGCGCCUGUCCCUGCCGCUCCUUCCCUUGCCGGCGUCUUCCUCGCAUGCGGAGCACCCGCUCGCAGAUUUAUGUCGCGCGCUGCCCGCCGCCGGCGUCGCCGGCGAGUCUGGCCUCUCAGCGGCCGCGCGGGAAGCAGGCCCUAGCGCCGGGACUCCACAGCCAGGCGCGGAGACUCGACCAGCUGCGUCUGCGCGAGAGGGGAACCUGCCGGGGCGCCUGGCUUCGACUGCGGUCGCCGGAGACAAGGGGAGAGAGCCGAAGCGGCUCUUCGGCGAAGGACGCAUUGAAAUCUCCGUGAUGAGUCCCACCUUGUGGCCGAGCUAUCUCCAACCCGUCGAGGAAGUCUUCGAUACUCCUCAGCCCUUCCUGGACGGCUCGGGCGUCGCGACAGGAGCCGCCGCCGCUGCCGACGCCGCCGGAGGUGGAGCCACCUGGCUGCCGAUUCAACAACUUCUUCUCCAAAUCAAACGGCUAGGCCGACUCCGAGACAGGGUCGCCGAGUUCGUGUCUCUCGCGUCGGCUGUAACCGAGUUCUCCUCGCCGUGCUUCUCGCUCUUCUGCCUCCUCUACCUUCUCGUUCCCCUGGUGCUUCUCCCGUCGCGAUUUCUGGCCUUUCUCCUUCUUCCACCGCUGCUGGUGGUUCUCAGCAGCCACCCGCAGGCCGGCACCGCCCUCCUCCACUUCCUCACUGAGUUUCCCCUCUUUCUUCUCUUCACACCGCAGCGACAGCUCGCCCAGCUGCUCUUCUCUCCAGCCUCUGCAUCGUCUGCGCAACCUUCUCGUCCACUGGCGUUCAUGCUCGUUCUCCUUCUGAAGCACCAGCACGUCUCUUGGCCGUUCGCGCCCUCCGCCGCUUCCGCUGGGGAGGGAAACGCGAGGUUCCCCGAGAACGGAGAGACAUCUCAGUCGGGGUCUGCCUUCUCGCUUGCCUCGCAUCUCCCUUGUGUGUCGUGUCCCGGGCUAGGAGACAGCGACGGGCGUGUCCAGGCUGCGGAACGCGAACGGAGCGAAACCCAAUCGCCCGCUGCGUCUUGCUCGUCUUGUCGCUUUUCCUGGAUCGCCUGCGGAUGCGUUUCGCCGUCCUGUUCGCCGUGGCGACUCCCCCCGCCCCUCCCGCUCCUUCUUCUGCCUUCCUACGAAAGGGAAGAAGGUACGAAAGGGCUCUGGAGCAACUGCCGACUACGGGAACACUGUGGAAAACUGGCUGUCUCCUUCGUCCACUGGUUUCGCAUGCUCCUGGCCUUCUCCGUCGCCGGCGGCGCUCCGCACCUCUCGCUCGCUGUCGCAGAGCUCCUCUCUGAAGACUUCUACUUCGUCCCGAGCACGUGUCAAGAAGGCGCCGGAGACGCCGGGGGCCCCGGCCGAGAAAGAAACGAAGGAGACGAACAGAUGCCAGGCGCAGAGCGGUGGACUGGAACAACUGAAAAAAUGAAAAAGGCGUCAAGACAGACAGGCGGAAGACGAGGCAGAUGGAGAGAAGACGCGAGAGAAGAAGAGGAAGAAGCAAGACAAGAAGAGGACAAAGCAACAGAAGAAGAGGAAGAAGCGAGAGAAGAAGAGGACGAAGCAACAGAAGAAGAGGAAGAAGCGAGAGAAGAAGAGGAAGAAGCAAGAGAAGAAGAGGACGCAGCGAGAGAAGAAGAGGACGAAGCGAGAGGAGAAGACGGGAGAGAAGGUGGGGAGGACGGAACGAGGGAAGAAGGUGGAGACGAAGAAGCGAGACAGGAGGACGAGAGAACAGAAGAUGGUGUAGAAGAUGGCGCCGCACGCGACAGAGGAGAAGCGGUGAAAGGGGUUGUGGAGCAGCAGGCGAGUGAGAGGGGCGAGGCGCGUCUCGAAGGACUUCCCCGUGCAGACGGAGGCGACCUGGGAGAGAGCGACGGCGUACAAGAGGCCGAUACAGGAGGGUAUGGAGAGGGAGAGAGAGACGAACGAGGAGACGAUCUACGGAACGAAAAGGAGGAGACACCGUUUGCGCCUGAGGCGAUGAUCGCUCCAGAUGCAGAGGCAAGCGAGGCCCAGGAGCGUCCUUCGCUGUCUAACGUUGCGUGCACGCCCUCUCCCCCACAAGGCGACAGACAGAGAGCCGAUGCCGGCGCGGGGCCAGCUAGCCUGUCCUCACCUCGCCGUCGCCGCCUUGUGCCUCGCCCGUUUCGUGACGAAAACAAGGUCUCUGCGCCCCCGUCUUCAUCUUCAUCAUCUUCGGCGUCGCCGGAGGCCGUGGGGCGUUCGCGCGAGCUUCCAGCUGCGCCGUCAGGCCCAGAGACAGUGUUCAAAGGCGUUGCGCUGUUUGCGCGCAAGUGGAUGAAGAAGCAUUUUCGCGUGCAUGCGCAGCGGCCGCCUUCGGACGGUGUGGCGAUCCUCCCGCAGCUCCGAGAGGGCCGAGGCGGCGAGGGAGACUCGGCGGGGCUGCUGGCCGGAGCAGGCGGAAGCAGCGCGGGCGUUUGCUCGGCCGAGAGACAAGAGAGGCGAGACGGGGAAGAGGGCGCGCUGGUCUUCACGGACGCGUUCGUCGCGUCGGAAGAGCGCGAGAACCCGCCUCAGGUGGACCUGUUUCAACUCGGCAGCGCCCACAACUACUUCGUGGCUCCGCAGACCUCGCCAGCCGUCCGACCGGUAGCUGGGCGCUGUGCGGAACCUGGUGAGGCGCACCCCACAGCGGAGACAGACAGCGCGGGGAAAAAGACUGAGGCGCGAGAUGGGAGAGAGGGGCGUGAGCAGCGGGCGAAGGCCGAAGGGAUGCCUUUUCGGACGCGGGGCAGAACUUCCGCGGCCCCAGGGAAACGCGCGCGGUUUCGAGACGACUCGGCCGCGGAACACUCAUCUGCGGCGUCUGCGGAAAGGAGACUGUGCGAGCGAGGCGGGGCGGGAGGCGAGGAAGGGGGCGCGAGGGCGAGGAGACACAUGCGCCUCCCCGGCGUUUUAGCCAGUGAGACAGGGGAAGAGGAGCCCUCGGACGAAGAAAGGCUCCGGUUGAGCUCGCCGAACACGUGGGGCCAGACGGAGGUGACAGCAUCGGCUCGGCUGGCGAGUCCGAGAAGCCGGGGGAGAAGCGCCGGCGGCGAGAAAGGAAGGCUUGCAUGCGGCGACGCGUUCACGCCGCUUCCUAGGACGGAGGCGGGGUUAGGGUUUCCCGUCUCGUCCUCGGCAGGCGAGAAGGAAGAAGGCACGCAGUUCCCCCCGUGGAAGCAGAGAUCGGCGUCGCUCUCGCAGUCGUGGGGGAGUCGCUUGAUUUCUUUCUUCGCCCCAAGGCUCACCCCUGUCAUCCCGAAGGCUGCGCUCACGCGCGUCGAUUCCCCGUACACUUCGGCGCUCCGUCUCUCCAGCGGGCUUUCGGGGCGGGUCUCGUGGUGGUCUCUGCGGAGCACCCUCGCUGCGUCUUCUCCCUUUGUCCCGUCCCAGAUUUUCCUUCCGCAGACCUCACCCAACCUUCGCGGUCCUGGCGCGCCUGCAGCGAAGCGCGAAACGGGGGGUUUAGGGCUUCUCGGCAACGGAGCCUCCGUCCCGCUGGUUCUGAGUGUGCCGCCGUUCUCUUCGCCUUCUGCCGUCGCUGCCGCUCUCGAGGCGCUGCUGACGCUGCUCACGAUGCGCCGUCCUCCGCUCGACUGUGCGUCUCUCUUUCUUCCGGUCCUCCUGCGCGUCGUGCCCGCGGAGGCUCCACGAGAGCACGCCGCGGAUCUGUCGCCGGACUCGGGCGUUUCUUUUCUUUCUGCCGCCUCGUCUUCCUCUCCGUCGCUCCUACCCUGGGCCCUCGAAAGUCGCGUCGGACCCGCGUCCUAUUCCUUAGGUUCUAGCGGCGCCGCGCCCCGCGAGGCCGUGCAGGCUGCUGUGGGGCCGACGGCGCUCUCGCUCGCGACGUCCCCGGUUCCCGCGGAAGGGCUGGGCGGGACGGCGCCUGUCUCGGCCGGCGAUCCCGCGGACUUGGAGACACUGGAGACACCUCUGAUUGUCUCGGGGGGCGGGCCGUCGCUCCCAGGGGGCGAGUUUCUGGCGCUGUAUCGGGAAGUUCGGGCCUCAUCCACCAGGUUCCUCGUCAAGCUGUGGCGGUGGGUGGUGUGGGGUGAGAAGCUGUGCAAUUUGUUCUCGUGGAGGAACCGCAGUUUGACGGAGGCGGCCUUCUUCCUGGCGUCGCUCUCCCUGCUCCUGCUGUUCUGCGCCCCGCUGCAGUAUCUCCUGGCCGUCUGGAUCAUUCACGCCUUCAUCAGCGGGCAGAAGCGCGGGCUCUGGAAACUCCUGGCGCGGGACUGCGCUCGGCGCCACGUGGAAGCAGCGAUCUACGAAAUUUGUUUCUCGGCCUUCGCGCACAAACUCGCCUCGGCCCGCCGCCCCGACUCCUCGGCGCACCAACAGCCGGAUGCAACCGAUUCCCGUGAAGAGCAGCGAGUUGACGCUCCCGAGGACCGCCCGUUCGGGGGAAAGGGGGGACGCAACGGCGCGACGCGCCCCGCGGCCAUGCUGCCGCUUCUGCGGUUCCUCAGUCUGCCGGAACUCCAGCAGCUGCGUCUCAGUCUGUGGCGCCGGUGCGGCGUGGCGCUAUCCUUGGAGACACUCUGGGAGGCGCUCGACGAGACAGAGCUCGCCGAGGCGCUGCGGCGCGGCCGCGAGGAGACAACCGUCAGCGCCAGCCGCUGGGCCCGCACGGAUUGGAUGACGAAUCUGCUUCUGCAUGCGCCCACGGAUGUGACUCACCAGACGACUGCUGUGACCCUCCGCGACAGCCACGCCUUCUGGGCGGGCGCCGAACUCUUGCCCGCGGUCGAGGAGACAGGUCCGUGGAGCCGCACGGGCCCGGAGACACUCGGGGCAACGGCAUGGGGCGACGAUGGCGAGGCCCAGUCGAGGGCCCCCGCCCGUUUUGAGGAUGGCGCGAGCGAUCUGGGAGGACCCGAAACACUUGGAGACCGCUGCGGUCGCGAGCGCCGAAGCAGCAUUGUCACCAUCGUCGGCGACGCCCUCUUUGGUCAGGGACCGAAAGAUCCCGUCCGGCUCGAGAGCGGAGAGGAGCCGUACGCGGGUCAGAGUGCCCCGAUGAACGCGGCGGUUGUCGACGCCGUGGGUGGAGCCUUUAUUCUGUGA